AUAUUGAGACGUCCCAGAUAAUUUGCCAUUACACGACCAAAUAAUUCUGUAAUGUUAUUUCGCACACCCACUCUCCACCUCAGAGCAACUCAAAUUUCAUUACCUUUUAUCCCCUCUCCCCCAACUCAUUUUUUGAAGUCUCCAACAAUGUUAAUCUUCUUAGCCCCAUCGUCUCCAAAGUGUCUUCCAUCACAAAAACACAACUACAAUCACUAUGUCAAUCCCAAAACAACUCACUCCCCUUCACAAUUCAAUGUCAAAUCCAUGGCUAAAGAAAGCAGCGAAACCUCAAGUUCCAUUGAGAAAAUUGCUAUAGUAAGUGGAUUAAUAUCUACACCAGUAAUUGGAUGGUCUCUUUACACUCUAAAAACAACGGGGUGUGGUCUGCCACCUGGACCUGGUGGUUCAAUAGGUGCACUUGAAGGGGUGAGUUACUUAGUUGUGGUUGGAAUUGUGGCUUGGUCACUCUACACUAAGUCUAAAACUGGUUCAGGUUUGCCCAAUGGACCAUUUGGUUUGUUGGGUGCAGUUGAAGGCUUGUCAUACUUGUCAUUGUUAGCCAUUUUGGUUGUGUUUGGGUUGCAGUUCUUGGAUCAGGGUUCUAUUCCCGGGCCACUUCCUACAGAUCAAUGCUUUGGUUAAAAUCUGUUUGAUUACAUUCAGUAUAUAAUAAUUUACUUCUUUUAAUCCAAGAAUCAGAAUGAAGAAAAGAUCAAAAUAAUUGUACUUUAAGAUUUUACUUAUGAUUUUUGAGUUUUUUUUGGAAAUGUAAGUCUUGGAGUAAUGGUAAGGUUGUUUUCGUGUGAUCUAUAUGUCAUAUGUUCGAGUCAUAAAAUCAAUCAAUAAUGUUUACAUUAGGAUAACAUGUCUAAUCAAAGCCCCUUCAGGUACUCGCUAGAUAAUGGUUUGGAACAGGCCAUUGAAUCGUUAUCCAAUGUUAUGUGGCCCUGGUUUGUCUAGGCAGGCAAUAAUCAAAGAGACACGUCGGGUUCUUUCCAUUUCUUCCGGGGACAAUGAUGUAAAUAUGAGUUUUGCAAGUAACAUCGUUUAUUGUCA